AUGAAUGAUACAGAAACUAAGAACCUAUCAGUGAUUAUAAUUGCGCCGGCGCGUCCUUUCAAACCUCUUCUCCAUGCAACGAUCGUUUGGACGAAAACUCGGAUUGAAAAGCCACCAGUUAUUGAAAUAACCAAGCCGGAUGCCUGCAUCGCCAAGCCUCGCCCGUUGGCUGAGGUCCUUUGGGUCCUGAUAGACAACAUUGAUAGGGAGGAUCCAGGUGUUCUCUUUGGCAGCAUCCAUGCUACCGACGACUUGGGCCGUCAAGUAAUCUACAAUGUUGAGAAGUCUGAUUCUGUGUCUGUCGAGCCGCGAGACCAAAUCACGCUACGUACAUCUCGGCCGCUUGCGGCGGAUGGGGAUUUCGUCAUCGACCUGGAUCUCUGGGACAGGGACAGGGACGCGUCUCCGCACGAUGAGAUUAGCCGGGGCCAAAUUUCAUGGAAAGUCUACGACCCGACGAACGAGUACGACACUCCCAUUCAAACGGAGGUUGACCGCAAAUACGGCAAGGCAACCGUGUACUAUGUCAUGAUGAGCAGUGCUACAAAGGCGGUAAGCGAGAUAAUCAUGCUCAACGGAGACGGAGAGAAACCCGCCGAUGUCUUUGGGAGAGUUAGAGCAUCCAGCCGGUUUGUCCAGCGCGCCCUGCUUAACAGAGAGGGCGGCGAUAGCGUUGAAGUAUACCCCAAUACAGCUAUCCCAUUAUCGAGGGCUACAAUGGCCGUGCCGAUUCAUGACAGCCUCAAAAUUCAUGUGAAUUUUUGGGACCAUGACUCUGAAUAA